UGUAACUCACCAGAACAGCACAAUGACUUUACCCUUCACACCUCUCACUACUCCACUCACACAACAUGCCGCUGUUCAUCAACAGAGACCAGAUCUUUGCUCACCAAGUUCAUCUUCUGGAGCACAAACUGCGGAGUAAAGAGGAGCGGAUUCUGGAGCUGGAGACGGAGAACGCUCUCCUACACCUGAGACUGGCUGAGUGUAUGGGGAAACUUCGACGGGAUCAAGAAGUGGAGAUAUUAGCAAAGAGGCGCUGUCAGCUCCAGACAAAUGUGCAAAAAAGGACUCGCUCUGCCCUUGCUGAACUUCUCUCAGAGGUGCAGGCUCUGAAGCAGGAUUUGAGGGAUGUGUUUGCUGUAUACGUGAGUUUUGCCACAGAUCUUGAGAACCAGAGCAAGCAGCUGCUAGAGCAGGUGGCCAGCACAGCUGUCCAGGUUUUUCAGGGUGAUGGAAUCCAGAACCUUAAGGAUCAGAUGUCUGCUCUGGAGCGCUCCUUGCAAGAAGAAAAAGAGAGGUGUAGAACAGAAAGGACGAGGAGGAGGGUUCUCCACAAUACUCUGGUUGAGUUGAGGGGUAAUAUCAGAGUGCACUGCAGAGUGCGCCCCAUCCUGCCUUUUGACUGCAGUCACAGUCCAUCACGUAAUGGGUCCUCUUCCCCGGAGGUGGUGGUGCAGGCCUUCAGUGAUGAUUGUGUGCUGGUGAACUGCACUAAACCAGGGAGUCCAGUAACAAACAAAAUGUUUGAGUUUGAGAGGGUGCAUGGUCCCGAGGACACUCAGGAUGCUGUGUUUGAAGAAGUGAAGCCCCUUUUAACAUCGCUUCUGGAUGGGUACAACGUGUGCAUCAUGGCGUACGGGCAAACAGGCAGUGGAAAGACCUACACAAUGAUUGGAUCCCAACCUGAGGAUUCUGCAGAUCCCAAAGACAACUCCCAGCAGGGCAUCAUCCCCAAAGCAACAAACGAGUUAUUCAACUUGAUCUCAGAGAAGCCUGCAGAGAGUCACACAGUGGAGGUCUCGGUGGUGGAGGUUUACAAUAAUGAGCUGCUGGACCUCCUGGCCAAAGAUGAAGAGGGAGCCUCAGUGGGGGUGAAAAGAGAAGUCAUCACAACCAGCACAGGCACCAGUGAAGUGCCCUGUCUUACACAUGAGUUGGUUGAGAGCUGUGCGGAGGUAAUGCAGUUGAUCAGUGCAGCAUUAAGGCUGAGAGCCCACAGCCCCACACUGGUGCACAGAGACUCUUCCAGAUCCCACCUCAUUGUUACCCUAACUGUCACCUCCAAAAGUGCCAACGCACUGGCAUUAGCUCGCAGGCUGCAGAAUGUACGGCAAGACGUCCAGCGCGGCUCUAAGAGGGAGUGGUGGAGUCCGCGUUGUCGCAGAGCUGCCUCCUCUCGCUCCUCUAGCCCUGCCUCUUCCCCGUACCCCUCCCCCUGCCAAUCACCAUGCCCCUCUCCACGACCCAGCAUCUCCCAGACGCCCAUCAGAACCAAGCUGCAGCUGGUGGACUUGGCUGGGAGCGAGUGUGUGGGCAUGUCAGGAGUAAGUGGUGCAGCUCUGUGGGAGAGUUCCUGUAUAAACCGCAGUCUCUCUGCUUUAUCUGAUGUGCUGGGAGCUCUGGCAGAGCAGCGGCCACACGUGCCCUACCGUAACAGCAAACUCACACACCUUCUGCAGGACUCUAUAGGAGGGGAUGCUAAGCUGCUGGUGAUGCUGUGUGUGUCACCCACCCAGUAUUUUCUCACUGAGUCUCUGCAGAGUCUUGGUUUUGGCUCCAGAGCCAGACAGAUCCAGAGAGAGCCGCCACGCAGGAAGAACACUGGCAUAAAGAUAAAGUAAACCAUUGAAAAGAACAGAAGAUGAAGCCAUACCAUAAAAUCUGUCAGAGGAAAGGGUUUUACAGCUUAAGAGAACCACCUAGGUGAGAGUCAUAUGAUCACAGAGUGACAGAGCACAUGGUGCACACAAGAGAGGUAAUAUAUAUAUUUAAGAGUGAAGAGCAUUGCUUGCAUGCUCUGUGUGUGUGGUGUGCUUACUGUGGUGUUUAUUUACGUGAACAAUUUCAUUGUCAUGCAAAAAACUUGUAUAUUACAAUGGCCUUAACAAAUGUUAUCAAAAAGUUAUUGGAAGUCAAAACAAAUAUAUGAAAAAUUGUAUAGUCAUUUUGGAGCAUCUGGGUCUAAUUAUGAAAUUAUGAUGCAAAAAUGUGUCAACAAAUAAAAGAUGGCAGAGGUUUUUGUGUGACAGUGAUGGUGUUCUCCCUGUAAUUGCCGAGCUUUGGUGCAGCAGGUGGUGAUUUCGGUGCUUAUGUGACUGGCUUGUGUAACAACGGCAGGUCAGAUUUCAUCCAGAAAACUGCGUCUACCUUUAACAAAGUGUUUACAGACAAAAGCAAGUCGCAAUAGGAUCCAUUUGAAAGUGUGCACAGUAGUGUUAAUAUUCUAUUUUAUGUUAAGUAUUUAGAUAUUUAGAGUACUUUAUUAUAAUUGAUAUGCCUUUCCAUAGUAGAUAUAUCUGUUUUCUGUUGUGUGUGCUUGUUUUAGUAUAAUACUCUGCAAGGCCUAAGUGCAGUGCACUCUGUAUUUAUGGUAACCAACCAUACAGUAUAUAUACAUACAGUAGAAGUCAAAAGUGUUUUAAUUUUUCUGUUUUUUUUUUUACAUUUAAAUGAAUACUGAAGUUAUACAGACUAUGAAGAAACCUUUUAAAACAAACAAAAAAAGUUUUAAACAAACAAAAAUACUGUUAAGCAUUUAGGUGGCUCUUAUCUGGAGGCUGGUAACUCUGAUUAACUUAUCCUGUGCAACAGAGAUAACUCUUGGUCUUCCUUUCUGAGGUGGCCCUGAUGUGUGCCAGUUUCAUCUUAACUGAUGCUCUCAAACACAUUAAGAGGCAAGAAAUUCAAGUAAUUACCUCCUAAUUUGUUCACACAGCUGUUAUCUGAAAGCCAUUCCAGAUGACUCUACCUCAUAAAGCUGACUGAAAGUCAAAAUGAGCAAAGCUGUUAUCUUAGCAAGAUAAGGCUAAAAUAAAAAAAAGUGGUUUAUUUAACACUUUUUGCUUACUCAAUAACAUAUUUUGGAUAAGUUUAGUAUUAAUAUUUAAUGUAGAACAUUUAAAAAUAAUGAAAAAACACAGAAUGUAAGGUGUUUUUCAAACUUUUGACUGGUACUGUAUAUACAGCUCUGGAAAAAAAUAAGAGACCACUUAAAAACGAAUGAGUUUCUUUUAUUUUACCAAAUUUAGCAAUCAAACUAAGCUGAACUGCUUUAUUUUUUGCACCAGGAGUGGCAUAAAGUUAUCCAAAAGCAGUGUGUAAGACUGCAUGAAAACUGUGAAAAACUGUUGUAAAAACCAGGUUUAUUCAACCAAAUAUUGAUUUCUGAACUAUUAAAACUUUAUGGAUAUGAACUUGUUUUCUUUGCAAUUUUAAAGGUCUGAAAGCUCUGCAUCUUUUUUGUUAUUUUAGCCAUUUCUCAUUGUCUGCAAAUAAAUGCUUUAAAUGACAAUAUUUUUAUUAUGAAUUUUGGAGACAUUUUGUCUGUAGCUUAUCGAAUAAAACCAUUGUUAAUUUUACUCAUAUCAUAUACCUAUAAAUAGCAAAAUCAGAUAAACUGGUCAUUUUGAAGUGGUCUCUUUUUUUUCAUAGAGCUGUAUAUUGAUGUUUGCAUUAAAUGCUGUUCUUUUUGUACUGGGUUUUCCUGUGAAGUAUAUUGAUGGUAAUGAGCUUUACCAGUGAUUGUCUAUGCUUUUCCACAGUCGUUGAGUUUUACACUACUUCACAGUGAUUAAUUUAUCAUUAUGCACUAUUAGAUGAAGAAAAUGCUCUUGUAUUGUAUAUUAUGCUCUUUGUCUGUUACAGCAGGUGUAAUGUAAAGCUUGUGGAGUUCAGCGCUUCAUGUAUUUUCACUCGUAUUUCAUUAAAAUCCUGCUGACACACUUUC